UUUAUUUUAUUUUUUUGCUACAAAGUUGGUGAACGUAAAGUGCAACUGGAGUUAUAUAAAACUGCAGAUUUGUAACUGCAUAUUUACAAGGGGUACUCCUUUGCUGAGCCAUGGGUCAGAUCAUGGGCUUUAUGAAUAAGAAUGUGGCGGAGGUGUUUGGCAACCGGCGGAAACGAAAGCGAAGCACGGACUCCAUGUUGACCAAGGACGACCAAUCCCAGAUGGACACCACACAGCCCAAAAGGAAGAAGCUUCUUACCACCACACAGUACAUAUACAAGACUCUUUUUAAGGAGGAGAAGAACUCUGAUGUGACCGUAAUGGCCUUGGGCAAAGUCUGGCACCUGCACAAAGUCUACCUGAGCCAGAGUCCCUACUUCUACACCAUGUUCAAUGGAACGUGGCGCGAGGCGCAGCAGAAAUUCAUUCCGAUCGCGAUCCUCGAUGACCGGAUCACCGUGGCCAGCCUGGAUGCCGUAUUUGGAUCUAUGUACUCCGACGAAAUCGAGAUUGAGUCGGCCGAUGUCAUAUCCGUCUUAGCCACGGCAACGCUGUUCCACUUGGACGGAAUCAUCGACAAGUGUGCCGAGUUGAUGGUCGACAACAUCAGUCCGGAGACAGCUAACCAGUACUAUGAUGCAGCCUGUCAGUACGGUGUAGUUGGAGUCAAGAAGUCCACCUUCCAAUGUCUCCAGAUCAACCUGCUAAGCAUCUAUGGCAAGCAGCCGAACCUGCUGAGGCACAUCUCAAUCGAACUGAUGAGUGACCUCACCGCUAGCCCAGAUUUGUACGUAAUCCAGACGGAGAUCUCGCUGUACACACUGCUGCGCAGUUGGAUGUUCCUGCGCCUGCAUCCCGACUACGAUCCCGAGGACCCGAUACAGCAGACGGAGGCGGUUAAGAUGCAGGAGCGACUUGUCCAAGCCGGCGUGGAAACGCACACGCCCAUUGGAGAUGUCGUCCAGUGGACGUACUUCACCAGUCGCCUGGAGGAGCGCUCGUUCCUGGCCACGCCCGAGGGGCAGCCGUAUGUGAGGGUCUUCCAGAAGCUACGAACACAGUACCUAACCAACCACUACAUGGAUCUGAAGAUUAUCCACAAUGACAACAUCAUACCCAAGGAGUGGCUCUAUCGGCACAUCCACAACCACUGGGAUGCCCUACUGCGGAUUGAUCACGGGCAGGAGGACUACAGUCCCCAGCAGAUCGACAACGAGCAGUUCCUUGAGAGCUGCAUGCGCUGUGGACGCAUGUUGCUCGAGCCUGGCUACCAAAAUUGGCGCUGGACGGGCUUUAACUACGGCCUGGAUCUCAUCCUGAUUAUGGACUCGCGCCGACUGAACAUUCGUCGUCGCCACCAGCACGAGCACGAACGUGUGCUCAGCCUGCAGACGAAGCGCAAGUUAAUGGUCCGCAUCACGGUGACCUCGAUAGACGACCAGCGCCGGGCAGUGUUCACCCAGACGUCCGAGAUCUGCUCCCUUAGCCUGGAGAGGAACGAGGAGGUGCCGCUGAUGGUCCUUGAUCCAAGGCUGGUUCAUCCUCUGCUCAUCUCCAUCAAUAUGCUGGUGGUGAUGCCGCCCAAUCAGAGUUUCAAGGAGAUUGUUCCACUGUCCAUACCCAUUUCGGAAAUCGAUUCGGCUGUCCUUAUUGGCCAGGACUCGUUGUAG